AUGGUCAAAAUUUCGAACAAGAAGCGCCCAAUUGAGGGCAGGUUACAGCGCCCGUCAAAGAAGCAAAAGAGAAAGCAAGACCAUGACAGCGAAUCCGGGAGCGGUUCGGAUGACAACUUUGACGCAGUCAAUCUUCUCGACUCGGACGACGACAUUCACAAUGCCAAAGUUGACGACGCCCCUGAAGUUGCCGAUGAUGCCCCCUCCAGCUCCGAGGACGAGCGACCUAAGUUCAAGAAGGCGGCAAAAGUAAAAUCAAAAGCACCAGCGAAGAAAUCGAAAAAGGUGAAGUCGGAUGACGAGGAAGAGAACGACGUGGAGGAGGACGGGGAGGACGAGGCGGACGACGACGAAGAGGAUGACGACGACGACGACGACGACUCUGAAGUUGACGCACAAGAAAUUGGCUCAGCAGCAGCUGGCCGUAAGGCAAAGUCGAAACGAAACGACCCGACCGCUUUCGCAACGUCCUUGUCCAAGAUAUUGUCGACCAAAUUAUCGUCAUCCAAGCGAUCGGACCCCGUUUUGGCAAGAAGUGCUGCCGCGCACGAAGCCUCCAAGGCCGCUGUGGAUAAUGCACUCGAGGCCAAGGCGAAAAGGCAACUCAAGGAGCAGAAGAGAAAAGCGCUGGAAAAGGGCCGGGUCAAAGACGUGCUGCUGGCGACAAACGACGAAGCAACGGGCGAGCCCGAGGUGACGACGUCCGAGAUCAUGCUCCUCGAGAAGAGAUUGCGCAAGGUGGCCCAACGAGGUGUCGUCACCUUGUUCAACGCAGUGAGAGCGGCACAGGUCAAGGCCGGGGAGGCGGAGAGGGAAGUGAAGAAGAAGGGUGUGAUCGGGAUGAACAGGCGGGAGGAAAAGGUCAACGAAAUGACCAAAAAGGGCUUCCUCGAUUUGAUCGCAUCGGGCGGAGGUGGCCUGAAAAAGGGUGGUUUGGAAGAGGCUUGA